GUAGCCUUACGGCGGGCCCUUGGUGGAAGGGAAUUUGCAAUUACAGGGGAAAUAUCUCGCUAAAUCGACCGUUGCAGGGGAAUUAAUUCAUUUUUAUCUUAUAAGUAACACACAGUUCCUUAGCUUAUCAAUUAUUUAAGAAUGGAAAACGAACGAUGAGGUGUUUGCAGCUUGCGGCUGCAGUUGACUGACCGACUGAACAAUGGCUCAGUUUCCCACCCCCUUCGGAGGGGGCUUGGACGCCUGGGUGAUCUCUCUGGACGAGCGAGCCAAACAUGACCAGCAGUUUGUCAGCCUGGCCCCCUCACCAGCUGGCUACAUCACAGGUGACCAGGCCAGGAAUUUCUUCCUGCAGUCAGGCCUGCCCCCUCCCAUCCUGGCACAGAUAUGGGCCCAGGCCGAUAUGAACAAUGAUGGGAAGAUGGACAUGCACGAGUUCUCCAUCGCCAUGAAGCUGAUCAAGCUCAAGCUGCAGGGUCACGCCCUGCCCCCCUCUCUGCCCCCCUCCAUGAAGCAGCCGCCCCUCACCCUGCCCCCGCCACCCACCGCACCCUUUGGAAUGCAUGGUUUAGGGGUAAUGCCAGGCCUCCCAGCAGUCCCUCCAUUACCCAUGCCCCCUAUGCCAGGGGUGGGUAUGUCCCCCCCUCUGGUGUCGUCGGUGCCCCCGUCUGUAUCCCCCAUGGCCAACGGCGCGCCAAUGACGGGCUUCUCCCACCAAGCCACGACACUCAACAAAAGCUCUUCUUUCAACCGCCCGGGUGCCAAGCUGCAGGGCCAGUCUUUUGAGACUUCUAGCUCCCCUGUGCCCCCCCAGCCCCCCAUUGACUGGGCUGUUCCCAGCUCGUCCCGGCUAAAGUACCGGCAGCUCUUCAACAGCCACGACAAGAUGAUGAGCGGCCACCUCACCGGACCCCAAGCAAGAACCAUCCUGAUGCAGUCCAGCUUGCCCCAGACCUCGCUGGCGUCCAUAUGGAACCUGUCGGACAUCGACCAGGACGGCAAGCUGACAGCCGAGGAGUUCAUCCUGGCCAUGCACCUGAUUGACAUGGCCAUGUCCGGCCUGCCCCUGCCCCCUAUCCUGCCCCCAGACUUCAUCCCCCCCACCUUUAGGAGGGUGCGUAGUGGUAGUGGGGUGUCUGUCACCAGCCUGCAUUCCACUGACCAGCGGGUCCAAGAGGAGGCCGAAGAGGAGCAGGAGAGCGAGAAACAGAAGCUGGAGAAAUUGACUUUCGAGGACAGGAAGCGGGAGAACUUUGAGCGGGGCAACCUGGAGCUGGAGAAGCGUCGACAGGCCCUGCUUGAGCUGCAGCGCAAGGAGCAAGAGCGUCUGGCAGCGCUGGAGCGUGAGGAGCAGGAGAGGAAGGAGCGCGAGCGGCUCGAGCAGGAGAGGCGGCGGCAGCAGGAGCUAGAGAAGCAGCUGGAGAAGCAGAGGGAGGUGGAGAGGCAGCGCGAGGAGGAGAGACGCAAGGAGAUCGAGAGGAGAGAGGCGGCGAAGCGGGAGCUGGAGCGCCAGCGUCAGUUGGAGUGGGAGAGGAACCGCCGGCAGGAACUGCUGACCCAGAGGAACCGAGAGCAGGAGAACAUUGUCCUGCUCAAAGCCCGCAAGAAGACCCUGGAGUUUGAGCUGGAGGCACUGAACGACAAGAAGAGCCAGCUGGAGGGCAAGCUGCAGGACAUCCGCUUCCGCCUGUCUGCCCAGCGGCAUGAGAUCGAGAGCACCAACAAGACCCGCGAGAUCCGCAUCUCUGAGAUCACCCACCUACAACAGCAGCUGCAGGACUCUCAGCAGUGGCUCGGCAGGCUGAUCCCUGACAAACAGUGUCUAAACGAACAACUCAAACAGGUUCAACAGAACAGCCUGCACAGAGACUCCCUGUCGUCGCUGCAGAAGGCGGUGGAGAUCAAGGAGUCUAGUCGGCAGCAGCUGAGAGAACAGCUAGACACCGUGGAGAGAGAGACCCGCUCCAAGCUGCUGGAGAUAGACGCCUUCAACACCCAGCUCACGGAGCUCCGAGAGAUCCACAGCAAGCAGCAGAGGCAGAAGCAGAAGGAUCACCUGGAGGGAGAAAUCAACAUCCACGCCAUCGCCCAGGAGAGGGCCAAGUCCGCCGAGCUCACAGACGGAAGGUUGUCUGCCACUGACGAGGGCCUGGCGUGGCAAGAUGAGGGCACGGUGGAGGCCCCCACCCCGCCCCCCCAGCCCUGGAUGAAGCGCGUGAGUGAGGAGGGGCAUACUAAGAAGGACAUGCAGGACAAACUCAACCAGCUCUUCAUGCAGCAGUCUGAACCAGGGAAACUCAUGAAUCAGAGCCAAUGGCCCACGGGCGACAAGAUCCCGGUGACUGGGUUCAACCAGGACAAGGUCAAGGUGGUCUUCUACCGGGCGCUGUACCCCUUUGAUGCCCGCAGUCACGAUGAGAUCACCAUCACCCCUGGAGACAUUGUCAUGGUGGACGAGUCCCAGACAGGUGAGCCAGGCUGGCUGGGUGGCGAGCUGAAGGGGAAGACAGGCUGGUUCCCUGCCAACUACGCUGAGAAGAUCCCAGAAUCCGAGGUUCCCAUGAGCCUGCGGGCCAGUGCCGCCACCACGGGCGCCGCGCCCAAACUGGCCUCACGGCUCGCACCCACCGCCGCCUCAAACACACCCACGCCACCCAGCCAGCCAAUGGCAACCCCUCCCCCGGUGACCGCUCCCCCUGCCCCCGGUCCCUGCCCUGGCCCUGGUCCCGCCUCUUCCUCCUCCUCGGCAUCAAGUAACUGGGCAGAUUUCAGCACCACAUGGCCGUCCACCAGCUCUGUGGAGAAGACUGAGACUGGGGAGGGCUGGGACGCUUGGCCCACCCAGCCUUCUCUCUCUGUGCCCAGUGCCGGGCCUGGGGGCCAGCUGCGCCAGCGCUCUGCCUUCACCCCCGCCACUCUCACUGGCUCCUCUCCAUCUCCCGUCCUGGGACAGGGGGAGAAGGUGGAGGGUUUGCAGGCUCAGGCUCUGUACCCGUGGCGGGCCAAGAAGGACAACCACCUCAACUUCAACAAGAGCGACGUGAUCACAGUGCUGGAGCAGCAGGACAUGUGGUGGUUCGGCGAGGUGCAGGGCCAGCGGGGCUGGUUCCCCAAGUCCUACGUCAAGCUCAUCUCGGGCCCCGUCCGCAAGUCCAUGAGCAUUGAGUCUGGCUCGUCCGACAGCCCGCCCACCAUGAAGAGACCCACCCCGUCUCCUACCAAGACCAUGGACCCAGGAGAAGAAUACAUAGCCAUGUACACCUACGAGAGCAACGAGCAGGGCGACCUGACCUUCCAGCAGGGCGACGUCAUCGUGGUCACCAAGAAGGAGGGCGACUGGUGGACGGGCGUGGUCUCGGGCAAGACGGGGGUAUUCCCUUCCAACUACGUCAAACCCAAGGACUCUGAGGGACUGGGACCCGCAGGGAAGACGGGAAGCCUGGGGAAGAAGCCCGAGAUAGCCCAGGUCAUCGCCCCAUACACGGCCACGGGGGCCGAGCAGCUCACCCUGGCGCCCGGCCAGCUCAUCCUCAUCAGGAAGAAGAACCCGGGGGGCUGGUGGGAAGGGGAGCUGCAGGCACGGGGAAAGAAGCGGCAGAUUGGCUGGUUCCCGGCCAACUACGUGAAGCUCCUGAGCCCCAGCACCAGUAAGACCACGCCCACAGAACCCACACCCCCCAAGCUGCCAAUGCCCAGUGCAGGUAGGAGCCAGGAGCAGGGACCUGACGGGGGCCCGCCGGGGCCUUGGGGCCACUCCUUGACUCAACAUAUGACUGCAGUGUGUCAGGUGAUUGGCAUGUACGACUACAUGGCGCAGAAUGAUGACGAGCUGCCCUUUGGGAAGGGCCAGAUCAUCAACGUGCUGAGCAGGGAGGACCCUGAUUGGUGGAAAGGCGAGCUGAACGGUUCCGUGGGCCUCUUCCCCUCCAACUACGUCAAACUGACCACCGACACAGACCCCAGCCAACAAUGGUGCGCUGACCUGCACCUGCUGGACAUGCUGACACCCGUUGAGAGGAAGAGACAGGGCUACACGCACGAGCUCAUCGUCACCGAGGAGAACUAUGUCAAUGACCUGCAACUCGUCACCGAGGUCUUUCAGAAGCCUCUGCUGGAGUCGGAGCUGCUGACAGAGAAAGAGGUGGCCAUGAUCUUUGUCAACUGGAAGGAGCUCAUCAUGUGUAACAUCAAGCUGCUCAAGGCUCUGAGGGUUAGAAAGAAGAUGUCGGGCGAGCGGAUGCCGGUGAAGAUGAUUGGAGACAUCCUGACAGCCCAGCUGCCCCACAUGCAGCCCUACAUCCGCUUCUGCAGCUGCCAGCUCAACGGGGCCACGCUCAUCCAGCAGAAGACCGACGAGGUGCCCGAGUUCAAGGACUUUGUCAAGAGACUGGCCAUGGAUCCAGGUUGUAAGGGAAUGCCCCUCUCCAGCUUCCUCCUCAAACCCAUGCAAAGGGUGACGCGCUACCCCCUCAUCAUCAAAAAUAUCCUAGAGAAUACUCCGGAGGCUCACCCGGACCAUAGCCAUCUGAAGCAGGCUCUGGAGAAGGCUGAGGAGCUGUGUUCCCAGGUCAACGAGGGCGUCAGGGAGAAGGAGAACUCUGACCGGCUAGAGUGGAUCCAGGCCCACGUCCAGUGUGAGGGGUUGUCUGAGCAACUGGUGUUCAACUCAGUGACCAACUGCCUGGGCCCGCGCAAGUUCCUGCACAGCGGCAAACUCUACAAGGCCAAGAGCAACAAGGAGCUGUAUGGCUUCCUAUUCAACGACUUCCUCCUGCUGACUCAGAUCAUCAAGCCCCUGGGCUUCUCGGGCUGUGACAAGGUGUUCAGUGCCAAGUCCCACCUGCAGUACCGCAUGUACAAGACCCCCAUCUUCCUGAAUGAGGUGUUGGUGAAGCUGCCAACAGAUCCCUCGGGAGACGAGCCCAUCUUCCACAUCUCCCACAUCGACAGGGUCUACACCAUACGGGCAGAGAGCAUCAACGAGAGGACUGCUUGGGUACAGAAGAUCAAGGCAGCUUCGGAGCUCUUCAUCGAGACAGAGAAGAAGAAGAGGGAGAAGGCCUACCUGGUUCGCUCACAGAGGGCCACGGGCAUCGGCCGGCUGAUGGUAAACAUUGUGGAGGGCAUUGAGCUGAAACCCUGCCGCUCCCAUGGUAAGAGCAACCCGUACUGCGAGGUGACGAUGGGUUCCCAGUGCCACAUCACCAAGACCCUGCAGGACACUCUCAACCCCAAGUGGAACUCCAACUGUCAGUUCUUCAUCAAGGACCUGGAGCAGGACGUGCUGUGUGUCACUGUGUUUGAGAGGGACCAAUUCUCUCCUGACGAUUUCCUAGGCAGGACAGAGAUCCGUCUGGCGGACAUUAAGAAGGACCAGGGCUCCAAAGGGCCUAUCACCAAGAGGCUGCUGCUCCAUGAGGUGCCCACAGGAGAGAUUGUCGUACGACUGGACCUGCAGCUCUUCGAGGAGCCCUAGUCCAUCCCAGUUCAACCCAGCCCUGCUCAGCCUAACCCAGCCUAACACCCAUACUGUACACUCCCCCGUUACCCCUGCCCGAAGUCUCACCAAGCUCUAGUGACAUUCCCCAUCGGCCCAGCCCGUGUGACUGUGAAUUCAUUUUCUGCAAAAGGGUCUUAAGUGAUGUAUUCUUUUCCUCUUUAUGAUUUAUAUCAUUAUGGUGUAUGUAUGAUAUCAUGAUUCCACUUAUUUGGUUGAACAAAAUUAUGAAACAUUCCGCAGCUAAUCUAAAAUCUCAAAGGCCGUCUUAUAACGCAAUGAACCUUUGAGACAUGAUAUACUGUAUGUAUAUCAUGUUGGAACAACACAUAUGAUCAUUGCUUAUGCACAUUGUGGAGGUCUGUAUGUCUUAAAGAGCCCACCCUGUGGCAUUAACACCUGGUCCGUGUUCAUUAGUUAACAAGUGGAAGCAAGAAGACUGAAACCGGGUGAUACUACCUUGUCCAAUAAGAAAUGUUAAUUUUCAUUUUCUGUUGCAAAACACCUUCCGUUGUGUGGCCUAAUGAACACCACCCAGAUGACCACACUGUUGUUGUGCCAUCCCUCUGACAACAGUCUGUAACCUCCCAUAUAACCUUUGACACUGUGUUCAUGUUUAUUAACAAACCGCUAUACGGCUAUUAUGUCAUUGCAGGUCGGACAAUUUCAAAACCCCUGGUUGUAUUAGCUGGAACAUCUUAGCUUGUAUUUCUUUAAUUCAAGCGUUUCAAGUGAUUUAUUAGUCGGUUUGAGACAAAGGUACAAAAGCAGGUACAGUGCGUACAUGAAUGUGAAGAGAGAGAUACUUUGAGAUAUCCCCUCAAAGGUUUGGUGAGACACUGGAAGAAUGUGUUGGUGAAGGAAAGAACUGUUGUUAAUGUUAGUAUGCUGAGAAUGAAAAUGAAGCUAAUCAGUCAUCUUUAUACUGUCCUUUAUACGUUCCACAUAUUGAGUGUUGUGUUUCAGAUUGGAAAUUCAAAUGGAAGACCCAAAGAAAUGUUUGGGUGUAUUUGAAACAUUACAGAAGUACUGUACGAAUGUACACACUAAUAUAUUGUCUAUCAAAUUGGCUUAGCCCAAAGUAUAUUGUUGAACGGUUUGAGGGAAAUUGAAGAGCAGAUUUCCUGUUUUCUAAAUGAUUUAUAAAUGAGUGACGAUUUCUAGUCACAUUUGCAGCGUAGGCCAAGAUAAUGAGUACCAAUGUACUACAAAUCAUUUGUUUUUCGAUGGUUGGAAGAAUCAUACGGUGAUGUCAGGAAUGUUUUUGUACUUGUUCGAAAGAUUCUGUUAUUUUCAACGCAUUCAUAUCUUCACGUUUUGUAUGUAUAUUUUAGUUGUUUUUAAUUAUAUUUUUUUGUAUGCCAAAAAAGCACCGUUUAAUAUAGAGUGCUAUAUUUGUGUUGAAAAGCCAUUUGUAGGUGUUUUGUUUUGGAGACUGAGAUCAGGCUUUGUUGUGACGGAUAGAUUUGGCCAAUGCUGUAACUGUUUGUGAAAGAGGUAUUUCAGGUUCAUUCAAUUUGGGUCUCAAAUUAAUUUAUUUCCUUUAUAAGAGAACGGGAAUUAUUAUUUUGAGUGUUGUGUGGCACUGUGUUACAUAUUUCUCGAAGCUCAGAAAGACAAUUCAGAUGAAAGGAAAAUAUCAGCCUCCAGGUGGUAUGAGACCAUUUCAAUCUCUCAUAUGGUCUUUUAUCUGUUAUUUCAUUCUUUAUGAUGACCCUCCCAUUAUCUUGGGUUCUGCAUUCGAAAUGAGAUGUACAAGGACAUCCGAAGGCAGCAGAGAUGGCUGACUUCAGAGUCUGUUAAGUCUGAAUGUUAGCAUAACACAGUGGAGGGGUAAGCUCUUCAUUUGUGUAAUAUUAGUUUAAUGUAUGUUGUUACCAGCUAUGUAUCCGUGUAGAUAAUGUACAAAUACUAGUGAAAUUCCACUGCCGUGUUAGUGCGAGUGGUCAAGGAAAACAGCUUUUGCAGAUCCUGUUCCUUAUGUGUAUGUCUAGGAGUGAGUGUGUAAAAUUAACUUACUAUUCUCGAGUGCUUUGGUUUGUGCUGGGUCUCUCUUCAAGUUGGAGGACUUAGAUUAUGACUAGUCAUUUCCUUAUAGUGUGCAACCUCUCUACCCGUUCCCGGUUACCCCACAGUAGUGCUCUUUUAAUGUUCACUCUCAAACCAGUGAUGCUCUCGAUUCUUUUUAAUGAGCAAAGUCUUAACUGAUAAAGUGCAGUAUGUGAAUAUGUUGAAAUAUUUGAAAGGAGUAUAAGUAAUAUAUUACAACUACCGUAGAAGAAUGUUGAUGACAAUGUAUUGUUAUCAAUGUAUGAGAAGUGUUGUCUUAAAUGUUGAAAAUAAAAUUUGAUUGGACCAAU